AUGUUACAAUCAUUCUCUCGUUGUUUACGUGGUCGAUUUCUAAACUUUCAAAAACCAGUGGUGUUAUGGUACUGCAUUGGAGAGGGAAUUAUGCUAUUGAAUUUGUUGCUGUUAAGCAUUUCAACUUUCCAAUUCGUGUACACGAGUGUGAAUCCUGAUGAGCCAUUUUCAUUGAGAGAAGAGAGAAGAGAAGAUUUGUAUGCAUUGUGGCCAGUGUUGUUGAUCAUGUUCUUAAUCAUUGCCUUUGUUUCCAUCUUCAAGGUUGGAUUGAAUGUUUUGUUUUUCAUGAAAGCUCGAAGAGAGCAAAAGAAAGCACAUGAAGCUCUCAGAGUCUCAGCUGAGGAGGAAGAUCGUGAAGAGAGCUCUUCUUCCACCAGUCAAUUGAAUUAUCAAAGCUCUAGAGAUGAUUCUGUAGGUAUUUCUCAUCCAGAGACCUCUUUGGAGAAUAAUACGAGUGGUGAGGGUGAGGGUGGGGGAUUCGACGAUUCCACUCAUGAACAUCAGUACUAUGUAGUGGUCCAUAACAUGUUCUCAGAGUCAUUCUCAUCCUCCUUUUUCUUUGCCUCACUGCUGAGCGUCGCUUCUGAAACAAUUGCUGUUCUGAUGGGAGUUAUUUUGAUGUGGAGGUGUCAUCAUCAAGUUUCAGUAAUUACUUGUGUUUCUUUUGUUUUUGUGAUUGCAUUUCUUCAUUGCCUUAUUGCUUGUGGAAUUAUUAUGUUUUGUGCAUCUUCCAAGUCUUCCAUGGUUGGAAAGGAACGCCUUAUGGUGACUUCUCCUCCGAUUAAUGACAGAUCACACAAUAGAACAACUGUCACUCUUUAUGAAACUCUCUAA